UCAACCAGCCACCUUAACUGUUUCUCCACAAAACAUGGAUGCUUUUAUUUCAGAACUUUUUGCGCGAGGAAUACCCAAAGACAGCUUGUACAUUUACUGUCAUUGUUUGGGGUCCACGUUCAAUAAGUCUUUGAAAUACGAGACAAUUGUGAAAUGUGAGGAUUUGCUUAACGCAAUCCGAGAAAACGUGACGCUAUGCGCACCACGACCAGCAGUAAACGCAUACAUUUUAUCGAUGGUCAAUGGUGUAGAGGAGCGGGACACAUUACCACCUGUAGGACGAAACAUGAUUGAUAACUCAAACCGGAUCUACAACACACAGGAACGUCGAAAGGAAGUAGAGCAUUCAAUGUACUACGAAGAAUUGUGUGGAUUGAACAGUUGUGGAAAUUUUCUCGGAGAAGAAUUUGCAAGAAGUUGCAGAGUAUGGUUUCAUGGCAGCUGUGUCUACAUUUCACGCAAAAUAGCUACCACCCUUGAAAAGAAACAAUUGGAAUGGUCAUGCGAUCUUUGUAUCUCGGCACCUGUUACUGACAAAUACCCUGCGGCCGAUGGUUCUCCUCCGGAAAAAGCUAGGAAAUUUGAAGCAAAUUCGAUGGCAAUGUCGCCAAUGUUCAAUUUCGAACCUCAUUCGGACAAUGAUUCGACGGACGAGGGAUGUUAGAACCUUUCUGUGUCAUGUCUGUGUCUGUUGAUUGAAUUUCCAAACCUCAACGUUUGAUAAAUCU